GCUCCGGAUCGUGACUCCCUCUCCACGCUGCAGAGGCAGGGGAGGGAAGGGAGACUGAGCCUGCGACCCGCGCCUCACCAGCAGCAGCCGCGCUCUCAGCCGGAAGGAUGGGCAACGCACAGGAGCGGCCUUCGGAGACCAUCGACCGCGAGCGGAAACGCCUGGUAGAGACGUUGCAAGCAGACUCCGGGCUGCUGCUGGACGCACUGGUAGCGCGGGGAGUGCUCACCGGGCCCGAGUACGAGGCGCUGGAUGCACUGCCUGACGCCGAGCGCCGGGUGCGCCGCCUGCUGCUGCUGGUGCAGAGCAAGGGCGAGGCCGCCUGCCAGGAGCUGCUGCGUUGUGCCCAGCAUGCCGUGCGCGCGCCGGAUCCGGCCUGGGACUGGCAGCACGUGGGCCCCGGCUACCGGGACCGCAGCUAUGACCCUCCAUGCCCAGGCCACUGGACACCAGAGGCACCCAGUUCGGGGACCACAUGUCCUGGACUGCCCAGAGCUUCAGAUCACUACGAGGAUGGGGGUCCAGAGGGCUCAGAGGCGGUUCAAUCCGGAACUCCAGAGGAACCAGAACCAAACUUGGAAGCUGAGGCCUCUGACAGUACUGAGCCUGAGCCAGAACCCCAAAUGGAUCCGGAACCAGAACCAGAGCCUGAAUUGGAGCCAGAGCCUGAAUUGGAGCCAGAGCCGGAUCCAGAGCCCGAGCCAGGGCCUGAGCCUGAGGAGGGAGAUGGGUCCGAAGAUUCCUGAAGGCCAGAGUGCUGACCUAGUGUUUUCCCAUUAAGCCCAAGCCUGAUAAGACCUGGAACCCAGCAGAGCUGG